AAUCAUCUUGUGAGCUACUCCCGCGAGUGUAAGAGACCGCGUGCGCUGUGGCAAAAGAAGCAAGAUGAACCAUGUACAGAUCAUGUCGCGGCGCAUGGUCCGGCCGGAACCAGUCACUUCGCUGUCGCCGGAGCCAGAGACGACCAUCGACCUCACGCCGUGGGACCUCUCAUUGAUCGCCUUGGAGUACAACCAGAAGGGCGUCCUCCUGCCCAAGCCUCCCACCACCACCGGAGGACAUGGACACGUCGCCGUCGUCGAUCGUCUCGCCUCGUCCUUCGCGCGUGCUCUGGGCCGCUUCUACCCCUACGCCGGCCGCCUCGCCGUCGCGCCCGGGAGCAAUGCUGACGGUGAGCAGGGCGAGAGCAUCGCGAUUUCGCUGCGUUGCAACAUGGAGGGCGCCGAGUUCAUCCACGCCGUGGCGCCCGGCGUCACCGUGGCCGACAUCAACGGGUCGCUCUAUACCCCGAGGGUAGUCUGGUCCUUCUUCCCGUUCAUCGGGCUGCACGGCGUGGAUGCCGCCGCGGGCGCCCACCCGCUCCUGGCCGCACAGGUCACCGAGCUCGCCGACGGUUUCUUCGUCGCCAUGUCGCUCAACCACGGUAUUGCCGACGGGACGGCCUUCUGGCACUUCUUCAACACAUGGUCUCAGUUCAACCGUCAGGGUGACGACGCCAUCUCCUCGCCAUUGCCGGUGCACCGGAGGUUGUUUGUUCACGGCUUCCAUGUCCCAGUCCCUCUGCCCUUCGGCAAGCUCAAGGACAUCCCCGUCAUCCGGCGCACGGAUGGGCACCCAGCGUCGGUGCACGAGGAAUGCAUCCUCCAUUUCUCUGCGGGGAGUGUAAGGAAGCUCAAAGCGAAGGCGAACGCCGAGAUGUCCGGCACCACCACCAUCUCCUCGUUGCAGGCCCUGCUCGGACACCUGUGGAUCGCGGUGUCCCGAGCCAGGAGGCUCGCUCCGAACCAGAGGACAUCGUACACCCUCCUCGUCGGAUGCCGGGGCAAACUGGAUGGCCUAACGGCGGCAUACGCGGGCGACGCCGUGGCACUCGUCGAGGCGGUGUCCACCGCCGGUGAGAUUAUUGAAAGGGGUCUGGGCUGGACCGCGUCGCUGUUGAACAAAGUGGUGACGGCGUUCAACGAGGCGAGCGAGAGGGACAGGCUUGAAUCCUGGCCGCAAAAUCCUAGCUUCGCAUGUGUGCCGCCGCACCCCACGGCCACGGACAUGGUGGUGACCGGGGGCUCGCCGCGGUUCGACGUGUAUGGGAAUGACUUUGGUUGGGGCCAGCCGGUAGCCGUGCGGACUGGCCCGGCGAACAAGUCGGACGGGUCGGCGAAUGUGCACGAGGGUAGAGGCGGCAGAGGCAGCAUUACUUUGGAGGUGUGCCUCGCCCCCCAAGUGCUCGCGAGGCUCGUUGCCGACGAGGAGUUCAUGAGCGCCGCCAGCGCAUGAUCGAUCAAGCUACUUCUUACCAGAUAUGUGCAGAUCUGGAUUUGUGUUUUUGCUUUCUUAUUUGAAAUUUAAGGUCCACUUCAUUUCUCUUACAUAUGUAUUUAAAAAUUUAUCGGAAGUACAAAGCAUAAUACAAAGAUUUCAUGACCA